CCUGGACUUAGUUUUAUUUUGAUAUUUCAUCUCUCUCUCUUUUUGUUCCUUCUUUUUAUUGAUUCUUCUUUAUAUUCUUUUUUAUUUUUUGUUUAUCGUCAGAACCAAACGAGUAGCGGUUUUUAUUGACACGUACUAUUCACCGCUCGAGUUUUUGAGUUUCUGUACUAGUUAUCAUUAAUAGCUCUUUCAUUGUUGUGGUGCUCUUUUUUUAUUAUUUCAUCCUGAAAUUUUUGUCGGCUACCUAGCGACUGUAACACUCGAAUUCUCACCAUGGAUAUCAGACACCUUUUAUGUGAACCUUGUAAUGAUGUCAAGGCGUGGUAUCCUAUGCUCCCUAAAUCGGCGUUCCAACCUGUGGAUUAUUCUGACAAUGUGAUCCAUCAUCAUUGUAUCAAUACUCCCAGUCGUAGUGUCAGCAGCAGUAGUAUUAGUAGUGGGGGCAGUACCAGUAGCAAUACCAGUCAAACGAAUUUCUCCCCACGCGACAGUUGGAGUCCACCCACUCACUACAGUCGGCGACGUACCAACAGUGCCGGCAGUUCAGUGUCGGUGACACCGAAAACGAAUUAUUCAGCUACGAACCGACGUCGAUGCACAUCUGCAAGUGGAGCGCCCAAUGCGGUGACGCAACGAACACCCUGGACCCCCAUGGAAGACCAUUUGCUCCGAUUGGGUUACGAGCAAGGUUUGUCGUGGGCCAUGGUUUCUUCGACGUAUUUACCUCACCGAUCCAGAGGUUGUUGCUGGGGUCGCUUCAAGACGUUACAAAACAAAGAUGCAAUGACAACGGCACGAGAAUCCAACCGAUUUGGAAAAUUUGCUUAAUGCAAUCAUCAAAAUAAGCUCUGUUUUCCCGUUCCUUGCGCCUCGAUUUCGAUUUUUCGACUAUAUUUUUUCGACCUUUCUUUAUGCCAUUUCAAUUUCCAUUGGGCCACAUCAUCCAUCAUCCCUCUCCUUUCUUUCAUUUUUUAUGCACGUUUUCGUUUUUUUUUUCAAUGCCUUUAUAUAUUUUGCCAGAUCCAUGCUUUGAAAGAUGUUUUAAUUAUAGUGUUUAUCUUGUUAUUUGUAUGCUUUAUAGACCCGGUCAUCCAUUUUUUGUCAUAUUCUCAAUUUUAUGCAUAAAUUAGACAUGUCUCUAAAAAAUCGUCACACUUUUUUUUUUGGGGUGGGAGGAAAAAAAAAG